AUGCUCACCCAUACGCUGCACCUGCCGCCUGCUCUCUCGGAGAUUUAUGGUGGUCCACGACCCGAAUGGUUAAAGGAGAUCCUGGAUGCUCUACCGUGCCUCCAGUCGUUGAUGGUCUCGAAGCUCCCCUUUUUUGACCACAAUGCUAUGACUGCCUUGAGCAGAUCUAGCCCAUUUGGAGAAAAUGACACAGCUUCCCAGACUUACAAUGUCCGUCUGCUAUUGGCGGAUAGUGAGCCAAAUGCGACAUCGCACGGUAUUGCGGAGACCUUACUACGCUUCCCUGAAUUGAUCUAUCUCGAUUUAUCCUAUACCACCCCUGCGCGGGACCGCAUGGUUCUGUCGUCGCUAUCGCAGUUGGAAAAUCUCCAGGUGCUCAAGCUUCGAGGGAUCGGUUUGAAGGACAAUGAUGCAGAAUUUUUGGCCAAUGCCAUCGGACGCAGAGUUCGAUUCCUGGAUCUGCGCAACAAUCUACUUACUGAUAUGUCCAUACGGUCUUUAUUGCAAGCAUGUUUCCUACCCCCUGGCGCUGAGGAUAGAUUACAACGAGCGACAUUAGCGUCACUAGGAUCCCUUGCACACUCUCCGCAAUCGAGACCACUGCUGGCUGACAGAAGACUUCUCAGGACCCCGCUUCUAGAUGAACAAAUCCUGAAAGCUUUGACACAAUCGUUGACUGGCCGCUCCUGGGUUGAGGACUUAUCCCAUGCAGGUAUAACGCACCUCUAUAUCGCCGAGAAUCCCAUUUCUGUAGAAGGGGCCGCAAGUCUUUUGUUCUCCUCUCGCCUGCACGCGCUAGAUGUGGGAACCGUUGAUACUAUAGAGUCUAUCGGACGAAGCCAGAACUCCCUGGCUUCGCCCCAAGAGGACACCCACAAGCUUCCUGGUGCCGAAAAACUAAUUCCAAUUCUGGGUUCUGUUGCCAAGGGAAAUCUUACCUAUCUUCGAGCUCACCAUGCCGUCUGUACAGUUGAUGCACCGUCAAGGGAGACCUCAACGGCGGACAUGUUGCUGCCAGAGCUCCCAGCUGAAACUGAGAGUGAAGUGCGUCUAGUGGCAGAGUUAGGUACGAACCAUGAGAUUUAUGAACUACCCUCAAAUGAAGCACCUGUUUUCGAGCUUCCUGGCUCACCAGUCCCACAAUCUCCGGACUGGCCUACGCAGCCCGCCGAGAGGGGUCGAAAGCCAAUUGUUUAUGAAGACGAGCCACUACCUGACCUGCGACGAGGCUCUGUUUUCGCUCCUGAGGUGAUCGGGGCAGACCAAGUCAGUGAUGAAGAGCCUUCGAGCAGUACCUCUGCCGCGAGGCCUUCAACUCGCCUGCCCCAUGACAUCUCCUUCUCUAGCAUUUCCAGUAUCUCGGUGGGUGCAGCGGGGUCUAUCCCGCAAUGUUCUUCGCCUCUUUCAGUCGAAGAUCCUCGGGCCCAGAAAAUUCAGGAAUUGCUUGCUAAGAGGCCAAAAAGUCUUCCUCGUCGUGAUAACAAAAGAUGCUAUUUCCCGUACUUGCAUCCUUCCCAUGUCCCUCACCUUGAAACAUUGGUUUUGACCGACGUUCCAUCUCACGUACAGGCGAACUCGCCAAUCUUGGAAUCGCUGAUUCGAUUCAUAACUGCAUGCUCAAAUGAAGCGUUGCUUGCAACGCUCCAAGCGGGAUCGGAUUAUUCACUCGCACCUGGAAGAGCUCGGGCCAGAUCUGAACAAGAACGUGCCAGGUCUUUAUUUGGUCUACGUCGCUUGGUGCUUGAGAUCACGCCCUCUGUUGAAUCCAACAGAUUAUCUAGAUGGACGCCAGCCAGUCACCGAAUAGGAGCUUCUAAAUCAAGUACCGGUGAUCGCGAUUCGGAGAAGCUAUGGUCAGCAGCAGAAGGCGACUUUAGUUUCUUUGGAGGAGAGGAAUGCGGAGUGCCCGAUGUUUAUUCAGGGAAAUAUUUCCCUAUGGCAGCCUUGAACGAGAAGGUGACGUUGAUCCCAGAAGAUGACGAUGUCAACCCUUUACAGUCAGACAUGGCUUCUUCACCAAACAUGCUUCAUCCGGAUCCUUUGCGCUCGCGGUCAAACUCAGUCGAUCCCGCGACUACGCCUCUGAACAUGCGCUCGCACAGCCCACUCCAGGGUGAGGGUAGAGACAUGGGGCCGCACAAUGAAGUACCAGACGUUGACCUGGUCGCCGAAUUGGCAGCAUUCCGACGUAGUAAAAAGGCAGAAUACGAGGAUAUGCUGAGAAGAGACCGGAGAAGGCGUGGUACUACCAGCACCCUGUCAUCUCGCUUCUCUCCUUCCGUCUCCUCAUUCCAAACGAUUUCUCCGUCAUCGAGUAUAAAUACGUUGGCGGCGGCAUCAGCGCCUCAUUCACCCAUUGCUCACUAUCUUGAAGGGCACUGGAAGGGGGAAGUGAAGAUUGUCCGAAACCCAGCGCCAAAGGGCCGAAGCGGGGUAGUGGAUAUGUAUGGGAAUUAUUUUGAGAAGGGCUAUCUGUACCCUUGA